CGCUGCGAGGGCUCUCCGUCGCCCAUGGUGACGUCUCCCGCAUCCGGGCCCGUGCAUUGUUCUUCCGCGUGACGUCACGCGCAGGAGUGGAGGUAAAUAAUGGCGUCGUGAGGGCCGCCCGCUCCAUGGACCCCGCGCAAUCCGUGGCAUCGCGACGCCGCCGCCCGCAGUAGCCGCCUCGGAUCGCGCGGAGCACGCCCCUCGCCGUGCCACGGUCACGUCCCCGCGGAUAUUUCCUUCUCGCGACGCACUUAGGAGACAGAGACAUGGAGCUCAGGGUCGGCAACAAAUACCGCCUUGGGCGCAAGAUUGGAAGCGGUUCCUUUGGUGACAUCUACCUGGGAACCAACAUCGCCACGGGGGAGGAGGUGGCCAUCAAGCUGGAGUGCGUGAAAACUAAGCACCCGCAGCUGCACAUCGAGAGCAAGUUCUACAAGAUGAUGCAGGGUGGAGUGGGAAUCCCCACUAUCAAGUGGUGCGGUGCAGAGGGCGACUACAACGUGAUGGUGAUGGAGCUGCUGGGGCCCAGCCUGGAGGACCUCUUCAACUUCUGCUCCCGCAAGUUCAGCCUCAAGACUGUGCUGCUGCUCGCCGACCAGAUGAUCAGUCGCAUCGAGUACAUCCACUCGAAGAACUUCAUCCACCGCGACAUUAAACCCGACAACUUCCUCAUGGGGCUGGGCAAGAAGGGGAACCUCGUCUACAUCAUCGACUUCGGCCUGGCCAAGAAGUACCGCGACGCGCGCACGCACCAGCACAUUCCCUACCGCGAGAACAAGAACCUGACGGGCACGGCGCGCUACGCCUCCAUCAACACCCACCUCGGCAUAGAGCAGAGCCGGCGGGACGACCUGGAGUCCCUGGGCUACGUGCUCAUGUACUUCAACCUGGGCUCACUGCCCUGGCAGGGCCUCAAGGCGGCCACCAAGCGCCAAAAGUACGAGCGCAUCAGCGAGAAGAAGAUGUCCACGCCCAUCGAGGUGCUCUGCAAGGGAUACCCCUCCGAGUUUGCGACAUACCUCAACUUCUGCCGCUCGCUGCGAUUCGACGACAAGCCCGAUUACUCGUAUCUGCGGCAGCUCUUCCGCAACCUCUUCCACCGGCAGGGCUUCUCCUACGACUACGUGUUCGACUGGAACAUGCUCAAGUUUGGUGGGGGCCGCAGCCACGAGGAGGCGGAGCGCGAGCGCCGCGAGCGCGAGCGCGAGGAGCGCAUGCAGCGCGCGGUGCCCGCGAGGGCGGCGCCCAGCGCGCCCGGCCCGCGUGGCCGCAGCACCCAGGACGCCGUGACGCCCGUGUCGCCGGGACCACAGACGACGAACACAUCCCCGCGGCCGCUGUCGCGGACGGAGCGCGAGCGCCGCGUGUGCAUGAGGCUUCACCGUGGGGCCCCCGCCAACGUGUCCUCGUCCGACCUCACCGCUCGGCCCGAGAUGACGCGCAUGUCCACCUCACAGACGAGCAUUCCCUUUGACCACCACGGCAAGUAGGCCUUCCUCCCACUACUGGUCGUUUUGAGCGUGUUUGGUCCCGCGCUCUAAUCGGGGCCAAGGCCUGAAGAGGUGACCGGGCCCCCUGAACCUCUGCGCACGCACGUGAUGACGAGGCGUCAGCCCCACCUCCUCCUCGCCCCUCGGGGGGGUGGACCGAGACCAACAGCGAAUUGGGGCGGGCCUCUUUGGCGUUGUGGCGGCGUCCGUUGGAGUAUCCAAGCGGAGGGUGCUUAGUGAUCGUGUGUAUGUCCUUCACAGGUGUAUUACGCCGUUUUGUUUUCCCGUCUGGUGUUGAGAGUUAGGCCGUGCAGAGCCCCCAGUGUCGUAGGCAGCCACGUCGAGCAGGGUGCGAGCCUCUGCAGC